GACGCUGACGUCGACUUCGAGCAGGACCUCAGCCACGAGCACGCGGACGACGACCACACCACCAGAUGAGCACCACAACCACUUCCAGGACAACCGCUACUGUCACGAGCACGUCCACCCCGACUACCGGCGGCGUGAUUCCAGCGCCCGCCGCUGCUGCCCACCUGGGCCUCGGGCUGGGCGUCACGAUGCUGCUCUCGGCGCCGCUGCUGCGCGCCGGCUUCGGCGCCCCUGCCUGGGCUGGCGCCGCGGUUGUCACCCUGGGAGAGCCGCCCACGCCGCGGGCGGCCUGACCUCGGGCCUCACGGCCAGGGGGCUGGGCGCCGCCCUGGCAGGCGGUGUAGCGCUGGUCGUCAAGGAGAGGGCGCUGAAGCACCCUGGCGGCGGCGCUGCGGGCGCUGCGGCCCGGGUGGGCGCUGGCGGCUGCCGCGGGCCUCGGAGGUGCCGGCGUGUGCGCGGCGGCAGCCGGAGAGCGGUCCGGCUCGCGCAACUGGCGGCGCUGCGGGCCUCCUCCGCCGUGGUCGUGCAGUCGGUGAACGCCGCAGCGGCGGCGCUCGGCCUCGCGCUGCUCUUCCCAGGGUCCGUGGUGCCCCGGGCUCUCGAAGGCGCCAUCGCCGCCGCAGCGGGCUUGCUGCUGUUGCUACUGCUCGGCAGUCCGCGGGCUCGGCCCCGGGCCCGCCCGCGGCCGCCCGCUGCGCCAGCGGGCCCCAGCGAGUUGUACAAGGAGAUCGAAGACCUGGAGGUCGUGCUCCAGGAGAGGCUCCGGGCCGUCAAGGAGCUGAAGGCGCGACGGUCGGACGCUGGCGUUGAGGGCCCGCAGGGGUCGCUGUGA